AUGAGGAAUUAUUCAAUGAGGGCUUCGAAGCUCUUCCCCAGCUCCUCCAUAGCCAGAACGCAGGUCAAUGGCGCGUGUUUUCGGUGUCAAUUAGCUUGCACGGCAUCACUACGUCCUAUACUUACUCCUUCAUACCAUUAUAACUCUACAAGGCGGAAGCAAUCAACCUGGGCGCAGGCGGUAUCUGUGGCGUCCAAUGUAUUUUCAAAUGCUACCACCCGGGCGACAGGAGGGACCGAUUCGAUAGACCCUUUACGAAUGGUUGCGAAAGAGAUGAAGUUUCUGACUGGCAACAUACGGCAACUCCUUGGAUCUGGACAUCCCUCUCUCGACACUGUUGCGAAAUACUAUACACAAGCUGAAGGCAAACAUGUACGACCUAUGAUUGUACUACUAAUGUCUAGAGCUACAGCCUUAGCGCCCAAAUCUCCUCGAUAUAAUCCCAAUCAAGAAAUUGCAGAUAUAGACAACCCAAUAUCGCCGACUACCAUUCUUUCGGAUGUAAAUCCUACCGCACCUACAUUAAACCCUUUGGCACAUGUGCCCAGAACAUAUUCGGCAGCCGAAAGUGACAUACUCCCCUCUCAAAGACGUUUGGCUGAGAUUACGGAGCUUAUUCAUACUGCGUCCCUUUUACAUGAUGAUGUCAUCGAUCAUUCCGUCUCGCGGCGAGGCAACCCAUCUGCCAAUCUCGAAUUUGGGAACAAAAUGGCAGUAUUGGCUGGAGACUUUUUGUUGAGCCGAGCUUCAGUAGCUCUUGCACGUCUGCGUGAUGCGGAAGUUACCGAAUUAUUGGCGACAGUCAUUGCGAACCUCGUCGAGGGAGAAUUCAUGCAACUGAAGAACACCGCGCAAGACGAAAAGAAUCCUGUUUGGACAGAAGAGACGAUCUCUUACUACCUACAAAAGACAUACUUGAAAAGCGCAAGCUUGAUCUCAAAGUCAUGCCGGGCCGCGGCUUUACUCGGGGGAUCAGAUGGUGUUACUGUUGAUGCAGCGUAUGAUUAUGGUAAGAAUCUGGGAUUGGCUUUCCAGCUUGUUGAUGAUAUGUUGGAUUAUACAAUCAGCGAGAAAGAACUGGGAAAGCCUGCAGGAGCCGACUUGGAAUUGGGUCUUGCGACUGCCCCAUUGAUAUUUGCAUGGAAGAAUAACAAAGAGUUGGGCUCCCUAGUGGGAAGGAAGUUCUCUCAGGAAGGAGAUGUUUUGCGGGCAAGGGAAUUAGUGCUACAAAGCGAUGGCUUAGAGCAAACUCGUGCCUUGGCUGAAGAAUAUGCGAGCCGGGCAAUUUCUGCCAUCAGUGCAUUCCCCGACAGCGAGGCCAAGGAUGGCCUGAUAGAAAUGGCGGAUAAGACCUUGAAACGAAGGAAAUGA